UCUUUUCUUUAUAUAUUAUAGUCUCAAUAUAGCUCUCGUUAUAGUCUAAACCACAUUUUUCCACAAAGCAAACACUUGUCGAAUUACGCAAUAAAAGAGAUCAAAGAUCACUUAAUUAUUACAUUGAAUAAAAGGUGGUGGUUAAACAGCACUUGACAUUAGUCAAACCUGAAACAUUCCUAAAACAUUGAAGGAAUAACUGUUGUUAAAAAAAUUUGUGAAGAAAAUCACUUGCAAAACAAGUUUUUAUAGUUUUCGGACUUCUUCAGGUCGUUUCUAAGAAGUUUCUAUAUAGUGCUCUCAGUAUGUGGUCAUAUAAUUAUGUUUAUAAUUUAUAUCGUCAGGCUUGAUAACCCAACGUGGUCUUAGACCCGGUCUAGGCCUAGCUUGGAACUUGAUUCUUGCACUGUAACUAGAACUUAAAUUGAUGGGACUUUAGCACGGAAUAUCUUGACUUUUCAAAUCAUAUAAACUGGUAAGGCAUCGACGAACUGCAACUAUACUCUACGAAAAUCAAGUUUGAUUCCCGAUAAAAUUUGUGAUGCAAAGACAUAUAUACAUAGCUACACUAUCAGUGUUGCAAAAAACUUAUAUAGAUUACUUGUACUAUUUGUAUAGGUUUAUUUUCUUGACUUAAAUUUAAAUGAGGGCAAAACCGUUCAGAAAGAAUUCGAAGAUGAAUUUGGUGAAGGAAUGGCUACAUUCUUAGAGUGUAACGUCAGGCACAAAAAAAUGUUUGCAGAAAUUUUAUCCAAAGUUGUUCGCGAAAAUGGACAUUUAGACAUUCUUUGUAACAACGCUGGCAUUGGUCCCUCGUCAAAUGAUGUGGAAAACAUGGUUUGUGUUAACUUGGUAUCUGUGAUUGAGGGUACUUUGCUUGCAACAAAGAUCAUGGACAAAAAUAACGGUGGUCGUGGUGGUUGUAUUGUAAACAUUGCAUCUACUGCAGGCCUCUUCUAUUUUCCGGCCUCAAACUGUGCGUAUUUGGCGUCUAAACAUGGAGUAGUUAGUUUCACAAGAGCUUAUGCAAAGGUAGCCAUGAAAUCAGGUGUUCGUAUAAAUUGUAUUUGCCCAUCUUUUGUUGAUACUGACAUGAGUAGAACAUCUGCUUUAUUGAUACCUGAGGUGAAACAGCAACAACAAGCGCUUGGAGUCCAAACGGUUGAUGACGUUGCAAAGGGUUUCAUUCAACUUCUCAAUGUUGAAGAUAAAGUUGGAGAAGCAAUGAGGAUCUCAUUUAAAAAUGGAAUUGAAUACCACACAUUUCCACCAGACCCAAUUCUACUUUAAUUCCCUUCCUAGUUACGUUAACAUUUACAAUUGCCACAUUCUGAAUUGCAACAUUUGCAAUUGCAACAUUACUGAAUUAAAGCAUCUGCAAUUGCAACAUUACUGAAUUGAAAGUUGACAUAAAUUUCAAAUAGCUAGCUUUGAAUGUCUAAUGAUGAAAUUAUUCAACUCUAAAAGGGAAGUUCGGACUGUUAAAUACGAAGCCAAUAUGAUCGCAGCUACAUAUAUAAAAUUGUUAUAUAUUUUACUGUUCUCAAAUCUCAAUUCGAACGUAGAUAAAACCACUGACUUAUUUGUUUUUGUACCCGUGUGAAAAAGUUGCGCCUGUCGUAUUCACGGAUCUGUAGAAUUGACUUUUCAAAAUAAACGUAUAGAACAAUGAUUAUAACA